AUUGUGCAACAAACUAUCACUCGCCGUAAUGAUCAGACAGGGCGGUAGGAGGGACUACACCCAAGCUUAGACUAGGAAUCUUUCCGUGUGGACUGUGGCGCUUCGUCCAUACGACUCAAGAAAAAUAAAACAACUCGUCGAAUGACACGUCCGUAUCCCCAUGAUCGCUGCCAUUGACUUAUGGAUUCGUUUUAGUAGUAAAAUAAAAUAAAAUAAUUAAUAACAUCAUGGAUUUCAACGUCAAAAGAUUAGCAGCUGACGCCGGCACUUUCCUAAGCCGAGCAGUGCAGUUUACAGAAGAGAAGCUUGGCCAGGCUGAGAAGACUGAACUAGAUGCCCAUCUGGAGAAUCUUCUAGCCAAAGCUGAAUGCACAAGACACUGGACAGAGAAAAUAAUGAAGCAGACAGAAAUUCUGUUGCAGCCAAACCCAAAUGUCCGAAUAGAAGAAUUUCUGUACGAGAAACUGGAAAAAAAAGCUCCUACUCGAAUGAACAAUAAUGAACAGUUGGGGGAGUAUAUGAUAGAUUCUGGAAAUGAGUUUGGACCAGGAACUGCAUAUGGAAAUGCUCUCACAAAGUGUGGUGAAACACAGAAGCAGAUUGGAAUUGCUGAAAGAGAGUUCAUACAAAGCUCGGCCAUUAACUUCCUAACGCCUUUUAGAAACUUCCUGGAAGGAGAUUUCAAAACAAUUUCAAAAGAACGCAAGUUGUUGCAGAACAAGAGACUCGAUCUGGAUGCUGCGAAAACGAGACUGAAGAAAGCUCGAGCAGCAGAGGCUAGAGCAGCACAUUUAAACUCUUCUCCACUCGAGGGCGAUAACCCUAUGGUAAAUUUCUCUUACAUGCUCAACUUCCUGCAUGUAAAGUGGCUGAAGCUUUGGACCGAGGAAGUGACACAAGCUGAGCAGGAGGUUAGAAUAGCACAGAGCGAGUUUGAUCGGCAGGGAGAGAUCACCAGACUUCUGCUUGAAGGAAUCGGCAGCACGCAUGCACACCAUCUCCGCUGUCUGAAUGACUUUGUAGAAGCACAGACAACUUAUUAUGCACAAUGUUACCAGUACAUGGUGGACCUCCAGAAGCAACUUGGAAGCUUUCCAACCACACUUACUUCCAACAACAACCAGAACUCCUCCAGCUCUGCGCAGAGCACCUCUGACCCCUCCAUUCCUGUUUCUUCUUCGCUGCCCACUCCAGCCAAUUCCAUUGUCACUUCAGGCUUCAGCGAGCUGAGGGCGUCGAGUGGCUCCAGAAAGGCCAGAGUGCUCUAUGAUUAUGAUGCCGCGGACAGCAGUGAGUUGUCUCUACUGGCAGAUGAGGUCAUUACCGUGUAUAGUGUUCCCGGAAUGGAUACUGAUUGGCUAAUGGGUGAAAGGGGAAGCCAGAAAGGAAGAGUGCCUAUUACCUACCUGGAGCUGCUAAACUAAGCCUGUGCGUGCCAAGAGAGAGAAAAAUAGAUGUUAUUACAGCUGCCAUUUCAUAUUUAUAUGCAAUUAACUUUUUAUGAAGCAAUUUUAAAUGUCUUCCACACUUAAAUGUCUUAUUAUUGUCUUAGCGGCCAGCAGAACUGACCACCAGUUUCAUGGCAGACAGUUGCAUGAUAAAUAUCAGACUCAAUUGAGAAAGAUCUGCGAGCUUUGAAUAUUCAUGUACCAACAAGACUUUCAUAAUUUUGUUGUCUACUGAACGUUUCACUAACUGCAAACAUCAGUCUUUGUGUACUGUAGUGCUUAAAAUAAAUGUAAUUUGCCAAGUAACAGUUUUUUUGUAUUGCUAUAGAAACCUGUUUUCCAAACUGGUUUUAUCUAGAAAAUAUCUUGAAGGGAUGUUUAGGUAAAAUGCUUGUCCUUUUUUGUAUAGUAUUGAAGUUAUAAUUAUGAUCUCCUAGUUCAGCCUAUUGAAAUGUGAAGUUUAAAAUAUCCAACAGCUACAUUUUUUUACAUUUAGAUGCCAAACUAUGCAGUUUAUAGCUAAUUAAAUAAGUUUCAGGCUUAAAAAUGGGAGAAUGUUUGACAUGUGCUUAAAUAUUCAGGCACAUGAUUUGUUUUUCGUGACAGUUAAUGUACAAGACCAGUUGACAUUGAGAGACCAGCACCCUAAACUAUGCAAUUCUGUAGAUGUAUUGGAGGACACACUGAAAGCAACACAUCCCAUUUUUUUUUUUCUUACGUGAAUAAACAUGUUUCUUUUUUUGUA